UGAGUCUCGUGUCUGGAGUCGCGUCGAUCGCAGGCAGUAAAUAAAUCGCAAGAAAUUCACAAAAAACGUCUCAGCAAAAUUCUCUAGGGAAAUAUAGCCAUGGCCAAGACUACUAACUGCCUGGGAAAUAGCAUCAUCCUGGUGCUCUCCGUACUAGUAAUUCUAUGCCUUGGCAGCCUAACCGAGGCGGCUCCCUACCAGGAGCUGGAGCCCCGCAAAGGUCAUGUGCCCGUCUAUAUUCGCCACGGAGAUGAGCCCCUAAGCGAAAUUCAUCCAGGAUUGGCCGAGGCCUUCAAGGAGGGUCACUCCAAGGACCUUGAAGGGGAGAGUCUGGUCACAACUACAAGUGCACCAACCGCAUCCUCAACCACAACGAAUCCUUCUUCGCCUCCUGCUCCUUCAACGGAAUCGGAUAUAGCCAGUUUUGAGGCCAUCAAAGCGAAGACCGAAUAACACAAUUGAAUAAAUACAAAAUUGCUACUUAAACUUCUUUCAGUUUACAAGUUAAUUCUAUCAAAUGGAAUCUCUUCUUCCCCCCUGCGUAUGCAAAUACAAAUAUAUUUAAAUGCAAAAUAAAUAUAAAUAAGAGAACAACAACAAAAAGCGAC